CACUGCUGUUAUGUCCUGGGUACAAGUUGCAGUCAGCCGAUUCAGUGAGGAUAUAUUUGAUGAAGAUGGUGAUGAGAUGUAUCUACUACAGAAAGAAUGGAACAGCACCAUGAAAAAAAGACUGAAGGAAGGCUAUAGGGAUGGAAUUGAGGCUGGGAAAGAAGUUGCACUCCAGGAAGGCUUUAAUCAAGGUUACAGACACGGUGCUGAGCUGAUGGUUACAUGUGGCCAGUUCAGAGGAACCCUGAAUGCUCUCUUAUCCUGGUGUCAUUUUAAUGGACAUGAUUCUGCUUUAAGCAAGAUAAAUAAUCUUCUUGAUGUUGUUGGAAAGCAUGAAGAAGAUGUGCUUAAGUAUCUGAAUUCUACUGAACAACAGCCACAUCUCGGACACAUUUUAGAUUCUGUUCAGGACAUGGACCUGAAUCACACAGCUCCAGCUGGGACAGAGCACAAUGAAGUUAAAGCUGGAAAACACAAAGACAUUGGCAGCUCUGGUGAAAACAUUUGUAGAAAUAACGGUGAGGUUGGUUCCUUGCAGUCUGAGUGCAGUAAGGCGAAACUCUGCACAGAUCCUGAAAGGUCAACCCUUGCUUGGGUUAAAAAGCAGACUAUUUGGCUAGUAGAGCAACUGGGCUUAUCACUGGAUAUACUCCAUCAUGUCCAGCAACUGGAACAUUAGUUUUUCUG